AUGCCUAAGGUGCAAGUACGAAAGAACGUGCAGAAUACUCAAGAAAGCAGAAGUGACAGUGGUACCAGCAAACCCCAGAUUCCUCAUCAGAAUGUGGCUGGGGCUGUCAGCACCUUUCAACAUGAGCAGGCAGUGCAGAUGAAAAGGGGAAUUAUAUUGAAUGUGCCCAAAGAAUUAAAAUCAUGUCUUGUUGAGGACUGGGACUUGGUAAACAAGCAGAAACAGUUAUUCCAACUCCCUGCUAAGAAGAAUGUAGACACCAUUCUCGCAGAGUAUGUCACUUUUGUGAAAUCACAAAGAAGGGGUGAUAAUAGGGAAUAUUCCGUUGAUGAACUUGUGAUUGGAAUAAGAGAGUAUUUCAACAGGAUGCUGGGCACCCAGCUGCUCUGCCAGUUUGAAAAACCCCAAUAUGCUGAAAUCCACCUUGCUUAUCCUGAUGCUCCAAUGUCUCAGGUUUAUGGGGCUCCACACCUCCUGAGAUUAUUUGUGAAAAUUGGGACUGCAUUGGCGGGUUCAUCCCUUGAUAGACCUAGUCUUAGGUUAGUAUGCAGCUAUCUGCCCGAUUUUCUUAAAUACCUAGCGGAGAAUUCUACUUCUCUGUUUAGUGCCAGUAAUUACAGAGUGGCUUCUGCCGAGUAUUGUUGCAAAGCCCUGUGAUGGUCUGCUGACCACUCCCUGUUAUGACCUGGACCAGUAAACAUUUCUGUGUUUGCUGUUUUCAUUGUGUAGUUGAUAUCCUUUAAAAUUGUCAAUGUAUAACAGGGCUUAAUAUUUCAGUUUGAUUAUUGUUGUGAACAGAAAUAAAAAAUAUUAAAUGCUUCUUUACCGCUAU